CUCACUAGGAACACGCACAACGCUCUUCUCACACCCCACACCACCAUGGAUGAACUCGACAUGCUUUUAGAGCAGCUGGCUCAAAACUCCAGCGAGGCUUCAGACCCUCCUGUGCUCCUUCCAGCCAAAACCCUGAAAAACAACAACACAACUGUGCUCCAACAAACUGAAUCAUCAAGUCUUAUCGCUGGUCCAAGACAGACAUUUGAUAACCCCUACAGUGUUCCUACAGCCCCUGUAGAGGCCAGUCUGAUGAGUCCCCGGACAGCGACACGAGAACUGGAUUCCCUCAUGAAUGAUCUGCUGGGUCUCGACCUGGAAGUUUCAGAGCCAGCUCCCUCAUCAAACCCACCUCCACUGGCUCGCAAGUCAAUAAAGGCCAAAACAACAGAGGAAACAGGAGAAAGUGGUAGUGGAAGACAGGAAGGGGACAGGAAACCUCAGCAUCCUCCUCUGUCAGAGAAAUUCUCCAAGGGUGUGGAUGCUAUAGACGAUCUGCUCGGCUCGCUCAGCUCAGAUAUGGAGAAAAUGGGGGUUCGCACCGCUGCCAAAGGCCACUGUGCUUCUUGUGGAAAGUGUAUAGCUGGGAAGAUGAUCACAGCUCUGGGUCAGGUGUGGCACCCGGAACACUUUGUUUGCUCGGCGUGCAGGGAAGAACUGGGCACAUGUGGUUUCUUUGAGCGAGACGGCAAGCCAUACUGUGAGAAAGACUAUCAGAAGCUCUUCUCUCCUCGCUGUGCUUACUGCAAGGGCCCUAUUACUCAGAACAUUCUAACAGCGAUGGAUCAAACAUGGCACCCAGAACACUUCUUUUGCUGCCACUGUGGGGAUCUAUUCGGACCUGAAGGCUAUCUGGAGAGAGAUGGCAAACCCUAUUGCUCCAGGGAUUUCUACUGCCUCUUUGCGCCCAAAUGCUCGGGCUGUGGAGAACCAGUGAAGGAGAACUAUCUUUCCGCAGCCAAUGGGACCUGGCACCCCGACUGCUUCGUCUGCUCGGACUGUCUGAAGCCUUUCACGGACGGCUGCUUCCUGGAGCUGAACGGUCGGCCCCUGUGUUCUCUGCACUAUCACUCCAGACAGGGCACUUUGUGUGGGACGUGUGGGAAACCCAUAGCGGGACGCUGCAUUGCCGCUCUGGACCGCAAGUUUCACCCUGAACACUUUGUGUGCGCAUUCUGCCUCCGACAGCUCAGUCAGGGAGUGUUUAAAGAGCAGGCAGGGAAGCCGUACUGUUCCGUGUGUCAUGCCAAACUCUUUGUGUGAAUACUGAAGUGUUUAGUAAAAAUGAAGGAUUUAAAGAAGUGGCUUUCCACUUUUUUACUCAAAGGGUCAAUUAAAUAGCCAAGUUUUUUUUCUUUUCUAAAUAAUACACUAUAAAAAUAUAUCUGUAAAUUGACAGUUUUUUGUGAUUCAUGUUUUUUCCCUCUUAUUUAUGCUUUUGAAUUGCAUUAUGGGACCUUGAUCUUUUUUCUAACAACUUUCAAUCAAUAAACAUUUUCACAUUUUCUGUUAUUUACAAAUGUAGUUCUCUAUAUAUCAUUUCCUAAACAAUAUCUUGUCUGAAACUACUAAAAUGUCAAUAAAAGUCACUUUGUCAAACUGCAGAGUUGAAUUUUCAACGUCAAAUGAGCAAAGAUCACGCUUUAAUAUUGCAAUUCACAACCUUAAAUAAACGCAAAACACAAAAUAUGGAAAAUGUUAAUUAACAAAUAUUUUUACACUGUAUUUAAUUUCUUUCCUAAAAACCCAUUAACGGUCCAAUUGGAAAUUAAGUUUUUUUACUUUGAAUUUUUUUUCUAGAUUUAUCUUGCUUUGGUCUGCACUAUUGACAACAUUUCAUCAAGGUUUGUAAUUAACAUUUUGUAAUUUAGAGCAUACAAUGACAAUUGGUCAAAAUAGGUCAGAAGUCAGGCAAAUUCUUGUUUUUAAAGUAAAUUUGCUGGUUAGAAGCUGUUCACACAUUGGUGAUAAAAGAGAUUAAAACAAUCCAUGAACAGUUUAUUUAAAGCAUCUUGACGCUACUUCAUGGUUUUAUUAUAGUAAAACUGUAGUAACCAUGAAGGAACCACAGUUUUUCUACAAAUACCAUAGCUAUGAUUCGUGUAGCAAAACCAUGGUGAAUUUGUGGUGGAUAGUUUUUUUUUGUUUGUUUGUUUGUUUAAUUUUUUUAAAGGGCCUCUUGGUUGAAAACCACUAUUUUAAGUGAAGUUUUUAAACUAAUUUCGAGAGGAGCACGUGAUAUAAUUGACAGCAGCUGGCCAUCUAUCUACACUCAUUAGUUAGCCAAUCAGAUCUAUCCUAACCCACUAUAAGUAGCCUAGCUAGACAUUACUCCCUUAUCUUCGUUUUCCGAAGAAACAAACGACAGGUCCGCUCUAGCUUCUCCAAAGCUACUCACGGACAAAACGGAUCCUCCACAUCUCCUACUAUCCUUCAACUACAAUACCACACCACCUUUACUACCAUCGUCAGCAACUACAAAAAAUGACAACAACAAUAGCGACGGCGGCGGAGAUCACAACAGCAUCAGCGCAGCUACAUUCAAGAAAGAAAGCUCCGCGCUCCAUGAAACACCAGCCCCGUCUUAACAACAACCAGCCCAGCAUGAAAGUCAGCUCGAGACCGAGGCUCCAACAAGAGGCCGUAGGCCUAUCCACUCCAGCCAGAUCUCAAUGCAAUCCCCAGUUCCGCUACGUACCUUCUCCAGCACCUUCAUGCGUCUCCCAUAUCCAACAACGACUGUCACUGAACUCCUCCAAACUCCUAGAUGCCGGGACCACAAAGCCGCUGCAUUAUACCCAAAAAACUUCUUCACCGCCACCCCCAGGACAUAACACGCUCCUGCCACACCCCCUAUCCUAAACAGACAUUAAACCCGCAAUCUCUCCGCCUCCCCGGAGAA